AUCUCCCCACUUCUGCUGACGUCGUCUCGUCUCUCGCGGGCCUCGCUGUCUCCGCUUCCUCGGUUCUCCCCCGCUACUGCUGCAGCCGGCGACCAUGGCGAAGCUCACCUCGGGGCUGCUGCGUCCGGUGGACCCGGCGCACGCGCUGGACGAGGCCGCGCUGCUGCGCUACGCGGCCGCCAACGUCCCGGGCUUCCCGGGCCCCGCGCCGGCGCUGGCGCUCACCCAGUUCGGCCACGGCCAGUCCAACCCCACCUACUGCAUCCAGGCCUCCGCGCCCGGGGCAGGGACCAGGCGCUACGUCCUGCGGAAGAAGCCGCCCGGGGCCAUCCUCCAGUCCGCGCACGCCGUCGAGCGCGAGUACCAGGUUCUCAAAGCUCUGGGUGCCCACACAGAUGUCCCCGUCCCAAAGGUUUAUUGUCUUUGCACAGAUGCAAGUGUAAUUGGAACUCCUUUCUACAUAAUGGAGUAUCUGGAAGGAAUUAUAUAUCCUGACAACACGUUGCCGGGGGUAACUCCAUCUAAAAGGCGGGCUAUAUAUUUUUCUACUGCCAAAACUUUGGCUGCCAUACACAAAGUUGAUGUUAAUGCCAUUGGAUUGCAAAAGUAUGGGAGAAGAUAUAACUAUUGCAAAAGACAAGUGGAAAGAUGGGAGAAGCAAUAUCUUGCAUCCACUGGUGAAGGGAAGCCUUCACGUUAUCAAAGGAUGCUCGAUCUAGCUCGUUGGUUGAAAGAAAAUGUACCAGAAGAAGAUUCCUCUGCAGGAGCAGGAACAGGCCUUGUUCAUGGUGAUUUCCGCGCUGAUAACCUAGUUUUUCAUCCAACAGAGGAUCGAGUAAUUGGUGUUAUUGACUGGGAACUAUCCACCUUGGGGAAUCAGAUGUGUGAUGUUGCUUAUAGUUGCUUGCCAUAUAUUUUUGAUGCAACACCCAGUGAAAGGACUUCUUACGGAGGGUUCCAACAUACUGGUAUUCCAGAUGGGAUUCCUCAACUGGAAGAGUACCUUUCUGUAUACUGUUCUUUCUCUGCAAGACCCUGGCCUGCUGAAAAUUGGAAGUUCUAUAUUGCUUUUUCUCUGUUUCGUGGAGCAUCUAUCUACGCUGGAGUGUAUCACAGAUGGACUAUGGGUAAUGCUUCAGGUGGUGAGCGUGCUAAAUUUGCUGGCAGGAUUGCUAAUACAAUGGUUGACUGUGCCUGUGACUUCAUAAAUAGAGAAAAUGUGUUGCAAGAACAGCCUUCUAUGGGUUUUCAAGUCUCAGCAGCUCCAUGGAAAGAAUUUGGCAGAGAGCAGGAAGGUUCAAUUCCCACAAAGGAUCAAGGCAAAUUUGUUCCUAGCGAAAAGGUUAUGCACCUUCGAAAGAAAUUGAUGAAGUUUAUUGAAGAUCACAUAUACCCAAUGGAGGGUGAGUUCUACAAACACGCACAAUCAACCUCAAGAUGGACAAUUCAUCCAGAAGAAGAAACUCUUAAAGCAUUGGCAAAGAAGGAGGGCCUAUGGAACUUGUUUAUUCCGCUAGACAGUGCAGCUAGAGCUAGGAAGCUUCUAUUUGAGGACGGCUCUCUUGUUUCCCCUGGAAGUUCAAAUGACCUUCUGCUGGGUGCGGGUCUCACUAAUCUUGAAUAUGGAUAUCUGUGUGAGAUUAUGGGACGUUCAGUUUGGGCUCCACAAAUUUUUAACUGUGGUGCACCAGAUACGGGUAACAUGGAGGUCCUGUUGAGGUAUGGCACCAAGGAGCAACAGAAGCAAUGGCUAGUUCCUCUGUUGGAGGGGAAAAUUCGUUCUGGGUUUGCGAUGACAGAACCACAAGUUGCAUCUUCAGAUGCUACUAAUAUAGAAUGUUCAAUAUCCAGACAGGGAGAUUUCUAUGUGAUAAAUGGAAGGAAAUGGUGGACCAGUGGGGCUAUGGACCCUAGAUGCAAAAUACUGAUAUUAAUGGGAAAAACAAAUUUUUCUGCACCUAAGCAUAAGCAACAGUCGAUGAUCUUAGUGGACAUCAACACUCCUGGGGUGCAAAUAAAGCGACCGUUAUUAGUCUUCGGUUUUGAUGACGCGCCUCAUGGGCAUGCGGAGAUUGUUUUUGAGAAUGUGCGUGUCCCAGUAACAAAUAUCCUGCUUGGGGAAGGACGGGGUUUUGAGAUUGCUCAAGGAAGGCUCGGUCCUGGAAGACUACAUCAUUGCAUGAGGCUAAUAGGGGCAGCAGAACGUGGAAUGGAUCUGAUGGUCGAGAGGGCCUUAAGUAGGACUGCAUUUGGAAAGAGGAUUGCACAGCAUGGUUCCUUUUUAUCAGACCUUGCAAAGUGUCGGAUUGAACUGGAGCAGGCUAGACUUUUGGUUCUAGAAGCGGCCGAUCAACUUGACAGACAUGGGAACAAGAGAGCCCGUGGUAUCCUCGCAAUGGCAAAGGUAGCAGCUCCAAAUAUGGCCCUGAAGGUGCUUGACAUGGCAAUGCAAGUUCACGGCGCGGCUGGUCUCUCUACUGAUACAGUCUUAUCGCACCUAUGGGCAACUGCCAGGACACUGCGGAUUGCAGACGGCCCUGAUGAAGUCCAUCUCGGGACAAUUGCGAAGCUGGAGCUGCAAAGAGCAAGGUUGUAAGGACAGAGUGAAGUAAAAUUUCGAGAAUAAAGGAACAGCAAUCUGCUCACGAGACUAGGGAAUGGCAGCAUCACUGGUAGAUAGACAAUGAGUAAAUAAUGGCGUUAUAUCCAUCAAUAUGUGUUGUACAAUUGUACUGUUAGUGGCAUUGUAUCGAUAUAUCUGUCCACGAAACUGAAGGGCUGUUUUGGAUCAUCCCGACUUAACUCGAGUCGUAUCACAUCGGAUGUUUAGAGUACGAAA